AUGUCUUACGACAGGUAUGUGGCAAUAUGCAGACCACUACUAUAUCAUACAAUUGUGACAUCUUUAACUGUUAGAAAGUUACUCUUAUUGUCUUGGUGUUAUCCUUUAUUUAUAUCACUAAUAGCACUUAUUUUAACAGUCAGACUUCCGUUGUGUGGAUCUCGCAUUGAUAAGAUCUUCUGUGACAAUCCGUCUAUACUGAAACAUGCAUGUUUACCCAUUACCAUCAAUCAGAUUUUGAACAAAUGUAUGAUAUUGGUUCAUGUUUUACAGAUACUUUUCAUUGUAUUUUCUUACUGUCAGAUUGUAAGGACUUGUGUAAAGUCGUCUAAGGGAAGGAUUAAGUUCACACAGACAUGUGUGCCACAUUUAAUAACAAUAUUUAUGUUCAUCAUAGUGACCCUGUUUGACAAUUUGCAAGGAUGGAAUAAUGUAAAUAUUACACUAAAUAUGCGUAAUGCAAUGGCCGUACAAUUCCUUGUUAUACCACCUGUCUUUAACCCUCUUCUACAUACCCUAAGGUGCACAAUCGAGAGCAUCCUGUCGGGCUGUAUCACCGCCUGGUACGGCAACUGCUACGCCCACAACCGUAAGGUUCUCCAGAGGGUAGUGAGGUCUGAACAACGCAUCCCUGGGGGCAAACUACCUGCCCUCCAGGACACCUACACCACCCGAUCUGGCAUAUGA